ACAAAAAUGGGAUUCCUGGUUCUUUUUUUCUCUCUCUGCCGUAUACAUGCGAAAAUGAUGAUGUCAAUCUGAGAUCAUUAUAAAAUGUCGUCGAGUUGCGAAAAAAGAGUCAUUUAAACAAAAAACCUAGCAAAAAGUGUUCACUCUGAAGAAAAAUCGAGAGGAAGUGUAGCGCUGUGACUUCUGCCCCAUCAAUCUCGUGUCCGGUUCGAUCGAUACAAAAAAAGAAGAAAACAAAAACACAAGUGAUAGAGUAGCAAAAAUGUCCAAGCAAACAGUGAAAAUAUGCACAAAGUUUUUGUUCAUCGUGUCGUUGGUAGUGUGUCUAUCGUUGGCUGAACAAACAUCGAGACCCUGUCUGCCGCGUUGGUUGGACAAAGACAGUCUUGUGUGCGUGUGCACAUCGGCCUAUUGCGAUACAUUGGAAACACCCGAACCGAUUGCAAAGAAUGACUAUGUUUUUGUGUCAUCGAGCGAGGAUGGUGACCGCUUCAAUUUUAUACUUGGAAAGUUUCCAAGACGAAAUCGUUAUUCGAGCAUGCCGGCACCGUUGGACGUGAGCAAAACGUACGUGAAAAUCAAAGACAUAAUCAAUGGCCGACAAUUUCAUGGUAUGGGCGGCACAUAUACUGGCUCAACGGCCUAUGUUACAAGUUUAAUGUCAACGACGCUGCAACGGCACGUUUACAAAAGUUUUUAUUCGCCCAAUAAUGGUACUAAUUUAUCGAUAGUGCGCGUACCCAUCGGCAGUACAAAGAACAAAGUUGGAAAACAGUGGACAUAUAAUGAGAACCCCCCAAACGAUAGUCGUUUAACGAAUUUUUCCGCAUUCAAUCGAGAGGAUCGGCUUCGUUUGUGCCAGCUGAAGCAAUUAAAACGCAUCGCAAAAAAUCCAUCCAUUGAAUUUAUGGCCGUAGCAUCAAAAGCACCCGAAUGGAUGACGCGCACGAUUCUAAAUGGAAAACGCAAUGUUUUGAAACGUGAAUUCUACCAGACAUGGGCCGAUUAUCACUUGAAAUAUUUGCAAAUGAUGGACAACGAAUGCAUUCGCUUUUCGUCCAUAUCAACGGGGCAACGACCAGAUUCAUCAUACAAUUCGCCGGAAUAUUCACCGCUUGCUUGGGAUCCAUACGAACAAGGCAAAUGGUUGGCCAACAAUCUGGGCCCAACGCUGAGAGCGUCAAACUUUAGUAACAUCACAAUCAUCGCGUACGAUGACAGUCGUCAAAGCAUUCCAUAUUUUGCAUCGUCAAUGAAUGUGGGCGACAAAAAUGCGAUGCGGUUCGUUGACGCAAUCGGAAUUCAAAAUGAAAAAAACAGAUAUUACCUGUCAACGGUGUUGGAUUUGACUUAUGCCGCGUUUCCAAGUAAAGCAAUUUUGAAUACAGAAUCCAGUUUCCCUGACGUAAAACUGGGUUCGUGGAACAAUGCCGAAGCCCUUGCACUAGAUAUCAUCGAUAAUUUACAGCAUGAUUCACUUGGAUAUAUAGUAAACAAUUUGAUAUUGAAUCUCGACGGUGGACCCGGCAUUACGGGUGAAAAACAGGAUGCGCCAAUUUUGGUAAGCAAAGAUUCAACAGAGUUUUACAAGCAACCCAUGUUUUAUGUGCUCGCACACUUUUCCAAAUACAUUACACCUGGUUCGGUGCGAUUGGACACAUUCACCGAUAAAUAUCUCGACAUUUUGACAGUAGCUUAUCUACGGCCUGACGAUAAAAUCGUCGUAUCAAUGUACAAUCGACUGAACAAUUCCGUAGCGGUCGUUUUGACCGAUCUAUAUCAAGGCGCCGUUGAACUGCAGCUCAAACCCAAAUCAAUCAAUACGUUGAUUUAUUGA